AUGCCGCAAUAUCCUUCAGAGAAAUUUCAGACAGGCCAACCGACUCGGCCGCCCCGGCCUCCCCGGCCCUCUCCCUCCAACCUGAAGGGCCACCCUAACAUCCGGUCGACACCGGAGUAUAAGCGCGCUGCCCGGCGCUGGCUCUCGGUGAUUGUUGCGACGCCUGUGCUUUUGGUUACAACUUAUAUGUUGUUUGAUCGCGUUUAUGGGAACAAAAGUCCGAAGAAGUUGGUGCAGAGGCCGUCAGGAGAGCAGGACUCGACUUCACCAUAG